AUGGCUCAAUCCGAGAUGUUGAAUGAAUUCACAUUGUCUUGUAACAAAAUGUUUGAGGUCUUAUUUACUCAUGGAAAGAUGCUUGAGAACCAAAUCAAUGAACUAGCCAUCCCUUUGAGUCAUUGUGCUAGUCCUCUUUCUUUACCCUCACAAGAAGUUGACUCUAGGGAACCGAUGUGUGCUAUGACCACUAGGAGUGGUAAAGUCCUUAAGGAGAGUGUUCCUAGAAAGAGUAAGGAGAGUGAAAAGGAGAGUGAUUCGAGUGAAGGGAAUAAGCAUGAAGAGCCUAGCAAGAUGAGUGAGGAUUCUAAUUAUAAGCCUAAGGAGAAAGAGAGGAAGCAAGAUGAGGUUUACAAACCUAGACUCCCUUACCCCCAAAAGAACAAUAGGCAUAAAUUGGAUGAGCAAUUUGGGAAAUUCAUCGAGAUGCUUAAGCAACUUCAUCUUACUCUUCCUUUCACCGAUGUUGUAGAACAAAUGCCAAACUAUGCUAAGUUUCUUAAGGAAAUUUUGAGCGGUAAGAGAGAUUGCAAUAUGGUGGAACCGGUGAAUUUGGGGGAGUGUUUUAGUGCCUUUAUUCAUAAUGACUUACCCCAAAAGUUGAAAUAUCCCGGAAAUUUCUCCGUACUUUGCAAAAUCAAAGGAAAAUUGUUCCACAAUGCUCUUUGUGAUCUUGCUGCUAGUGUUAGCAUCAUGCCUUAUUCCGUUUUUAAGAAACUUAAGCUAGGUGAGCUCCUUCUAUCCAACAUGACCCUUUAA